CGGAGCACGUGUAAUCCAUUGAUAACCUCCCCGAAAACGUCAGUAAACUCAACGAAUAAAUAAACCCUUCGAAUAUUAUUUAAACAAAUGGGGAAAAUUGGCCCACGUCUGACGAGUAGGAAAAAAGCGAAGCGAUGGCAGAAGGGCCAGAGCUCAAGCUCCAAUCCAGAGACGAAGAAACAUCGUGAACAGGCUCGUUCACGCUUUUUUCAGGAGAAUCUAGGUUCAACGGGUCUGACCACCGAAACCCUCCAGAAGCAUGAUGCCCUCCAGGGUCUGGAGCACCUGGACAUCUCCGACGACGCCUCCACCUCCACCACCUUCAAAACCUUCGACACCUUCGCGAGCGACUACUCCAACUGCUCCAACCUCUCCUUCUCCCGUUUCCUCACCCACUUCCAGUCGUCCUCAGCCCUCCACAAGGAGAUGCUGGCGAUCCUCGCAGCAGUGACCGAUGUCAUAAAGCAGAAUGGUGGCACAGAGUCCUCCACAGAGUACUACGCAGCCUUAAUGACAACCCUGGAGCAGGCAGACACUGAGGAGUCCAUCGCAGCCAUCCUCUCCCUCCUCGGGAUGGGCCUGAAAACAGUUCCCAAGAACGUCCUCAAGCUCCAGUUCAGCGAAGCCAGUCACACCUUCUUUCAGGUUCUCACGAAAUUCGCAGGCAGUGACAACUUCCUGAUCCUCCGUCACUGCAUCGGCUGCCUCUCCCUCCUCCUGCGCGCCCAGGAGGCCGCAGUCUGGUCCAACUCGUCAACCCUCCAGGUCCUCGACGGAAUCCUGGCCUUCACUGUCCACACGAAGCCGAAGGUCAGGAAGGCCUCACAACACGCCAUCUGCGCCAUCCUCAAGGGGAGCGACCUCAUGAGGACCGAUAGCCCUCCUGCUUACCACCCAGCAGCUCCCCAAGUCGCUAAACACUGUCUCCACCAGUUCGAAAAUGCCGGACAGCCCGGCACAAUCACCACAACCCUCCACAUCCUGACUCUGCUGAAGGACAUCGCCCAUCAGCUCCCCAAGAACUACGUGAAAUCCAUCUGCGAGGGCUUGCUGAGGAUCAUGACCCUGAAUAAUCCACUGGUCACGUCCUGCUGCCUCCAAACACUCCACAGUCUCUUCGUGUCGAAGCCCCCAGAGAGUGUUCUGCCCUCUCAACUGAACGCACAGAUCAUCAACGCCCUUUAUGAUUAUCAACCAGCCCCUGGGGACACCCAGCCCACUCUGGCCUGGCUAGCAGUGAUGCAAGAAGCCCACUGCAACCUGGUGAACAACUCUCUCCCCCUUUGUGGAGCCAAUCUCCCCAGGAUCAUGGAGAAGACCUCUGAGCUCUGGCUGUCUGAUAAACCUGAAGUCGUCAGUGCUGCCUCCCACACCAUCAAGAGUCUCAUCCAGGUUUGUGUUGGGCCGAUGUGUGAAAACGAUGCAGUGGCUGAGGUUUACAAGGGACCCCUGGGAAAGAUUAUUCAAGUGGUGCAGGGAGGGCUGAAGUACCAGUUCAACUCUGCCUGGCAUCAUGUCCUGCACCUUUUAGCUGUGCUUUUUCAAACUGCUGGGGGGACUUGCCACAAGGAAUUGUCUCCAGUUCUGGUGGAGCUCGCAGAAUUGAGGGAUUCUUAUAAAUUCACUUAUAACUCUGAGGUGGAGUAUGCUGUUGGGGCUGCUGUCAGGGCCAUGGGGCCAGAGCUGGUGCUGGCGAAAAUUCCUCUGCAGACUGGUGGAGAAGGGGUUGAUUUGAGGAGGAGCUGGAUGCUUCCAGUGCUGAAGGACUGUGUGAGUGGGUCGUCCUUGGGGUACUUUGUGAACCACAUGCUGCCACUGGCUGUCAUGUGCGAGAGGAAGUCCAAAGAGCUGAAGGGGAAGAAUGAUGGGGUUGGGGCGCACAGCCAUGAGCUACUGAAUUCUCAGAUAUGGGCGCUGCUUCCUUCCUUUUGUAAUAAUCCCAGGGAUGUCAAGGAGAGCUUCAAGGAUCUUGCCAAGAUUUUGGGAAUGGCUAUCAGUGAGAAGAAGGAGUUGAGACUGUCGGUGAUGGCGUCGUUGAGGAAGCUGAUUACUAAGGCGCAGGAGGGGGAGAAGAAGGAGGAUGUGGAGACACUUGCGAGAUACGCCAAGAACUACAUGCCGCUCCUGUUCAACCUCUACACAGUAAAGCCGAGUGGUUCCGACGAGGAGGGCCAGCGUCGAGCAGCCUUCGACACGAUAAAGGUCUACCUGACGAUAACCCCGAUGGAAGUAACGGGCGAGCUCUUCGACAAGGCCCUGGGCAAGCUGGAGGCCGAGGGCACCGACGACUUCACGAAGCAAAGUGUCUUCGACCUGAUCCGAGUAGUGACGCAGUUCACCGACAGAACGCGUUUGCAAUCCCUCUACGACAAGAUCGUCCCCCUCCUCCUGGAGGACAAGCACCCCAAGGACCAGAAGAAGGCUUACAGAUUCCUGGAGGAGAUCUGCGGGAGUCAGUCGGAGAUCUGCAAGACGUACAUUCUGGAGCAUCGAAAGACAAUCCAGAAGCUGAUAAUCACUGCUACCGAGAAGGUCUGCACGACGAGCAAGGGCGCCAGACUGCGAUGCAUAUCCCACCUGGUGGCGAGUCAUCCCCAGCUGGAGAAGACCAAGUUCUUCAAGGCGAUUGUCCCAGAGAUAGUCCUCUGCAUAAAAGACUUGAACGAACGAUGCAGAACUACAGCCUAUCAACUGCUCAACAUAAUUGCCGACAAAUUCCUGGAUAAUGCGGACAACUUCAAGGACUACAUCAGCCUCCUGGUGGCAGGCCUGGCAGGGGCUCCAAUCUACAUAAGUGCGACGCUGCUAGCCCUCGCCUCAUUGACUUACAAGUACAAUGGAACCGUGGGAGUGGCGACACUCAAGGAGAUCCUGGGGCACACGUGUAUCCUGCUGACAGGGCCAACCAGGGAGAUUGUCCUGUCAGCCCUCAGUUACAUAAAGGUUUACCUCUCUGCCCUUCCAACAGCGAUCAUUGGCCCCAGCCUCGAGGUGAUCGUCCAGGGGCUCGUGGGGAUGACCGACGACUGCAAGAGGCACUUCAGGCAGAAGGUCAGGGACAUCCUGGUGAAGCUGGUGAGGAAGUUUGGGACUGACACGAUUGUGGGGAUGGUUCCAGCUGGGGAUGAGAUGAUGCACAAACGCUUGAGGAAUAUCAAGAAGAUUGAGGCGAGGAAGCAGAAGGCUAGGGAGGAGAGGAAGGGGAAGGGCGAGGGGGAGGAUGGGGAUGAGGAGUUCAAUGUCAAGAGGAUGCCCAAGAGUGUGGAGGAUAUACUGGCGGACAGUGAUGAGGAGUUUGAUGAUGGGGAUGGGGAGGAGCCCAAGGGGAAGAGGAGCAGUAGGAAGACGUGGAUUAAAGAGGGUGGGGAUGACAUUGUGGACUUUGCUGAUCCCUCAGCGGCGAGGAGCAUCACGGCGACGAGGCCCGGGGCCUCUGGGAGCGUCAGGAAGCCGAGGGAGAAGGAUCAUGGGUUCAAAACUGCUGAGGACGGUCGGCUGAUCAUCAAGGACAGCGAUGAUGAGAGCGAGGAGGGGGCGAAGAGGAAGAAGGGGAAGAAGCCGCCGUUCUUGGGGAGUGACUCGGAGGACGAUUAUCAGGAGGACGACGAUGACAAGUCGGUGGUGUCCAUGAGGGAGGUGAAGAGGAAGAGGAAGAUGAGUGAGAGCGAUGCGAGCAGUGUUGCUAAUUCGAGGUAUCAGGCUGGGGGGAGGGGAAUCCACAGGCCGGUGAAGGCUGCGAGGGUCGAGAAGGCGCCUGGGGCGGAGUUCAAGGGGAAAAAGGCACCGGGGGAUGUCAAGAAGAAGGGGAAGCACGAUCCUUAUGCUUAUCUGCCGCUUACGAGGGCUUCGCUGAAUAGGCGGAAGAAGCUGAAGAACGCCGGCAAGUUUAAGAAUAUUAUCUCGGGGGCCAGGAAGGGGGCGCAGGCUGGGAGCAAGGGAAAGAGGAGGAAAUAGAUAAUCGUGUAUUGUAUGUUUUCUAGAAUAAGUAUGGAAUUUGUGUGAUUACUUUUUUCUUUAGUGAAUACAGAUUGGUUUUGGAGGAUGUCGUGGUUUUUGUCAUUUAUCGUUUGCUCCGUUUAAUAGGGGGUAAGUGGGGUGAGAUUAAUGGGCUUUAUGUUGUCGGGAGUAUUUAUGGUGAUUAUGAAAUACGUGGGAUUAUUUAUUUUCGUUGUUAAAAAUAGAUCCCGUUGUUGCUGAUAUGGGCAGUGAGUCAUUUGCUCUUUGCUCCAUUUGAUAAAUGAUCACUCAUAGAAUUAUGCGUAACAGGAAGUGAAUGAAGCUUGGGAAAUUGCAGAAAAAUUAGUUUAUUACAUCGAGCGUACAUUAAAUAAUUUAAUUGUCAUCCUGGAAUCUCAAUUAACUCCUGAAAAAAUGGAAAAUAAACCGUCAUUAGAAUUUUUUUUAUUACAAAAUGAAGUAUUAUAGCUCUUUUUAUUCAAGAGUCUAGGAAAAAUGUUCAUUUUCGGAAAAGUUAUCAAUUAUUCGAAUCCAAUAAUUUCCGAUUGGUUAUUGUUGAGAGAUAUUUGAUAGAAAAAAGUCAACAAAUUUUCCAAGUUUUUCCCAUAAUAAAAUCCAAUAAAAAAGCUUAGAAAAUUCAUGUCCAAGAAUUCUCAUUCUCACAGAAAAAAUCUUAGUAGAAUAAGUUAUACAGAACAAUCAGCAGAAAAGUCGCCUAAUUUUUAAUAGAACUAACGCAAGCAAAUAAAAUUUUUGAAUGGAACUUCAAUAGAAAUGAUAGUUAUAAUGGAUGAAGUAGAAUAAAAAGGUCUGUAGAAUAUGAUAAAUCCUUACUUCUUCGGAAGCAUAGACUCAAGCUCGCCGGCCUCAUUCAUCUCCCUGACAAUGUCGAGGCCCCCAAGAAGUUCCCCGUUGACGUACAACUGAGGGUACGUCGGCCAAUUGCUGAACUUCUUCAGCCCCUCCCUGACAGUGUUGUCCUGAAGAAUAUCGAAGGACUGAUAA